CCCCGGCCGAGGUGAUCGACAAACACCAGCUGACCAGGCCCCGGCACGUGCGUGUUGGCGCGUACGCCAGGCUGUCGUGUCAGGCCGCGGGAAUUCCCCCGCCCCGGAUUGAGUGGCGGAAGAACGGGGAGCUGCUGCGGACGUUCGACAAGAACAACCCUGUGGAGAAGAAGGUGGAGAAAGACACGUCCCCGGUGUCCUUGACCUCUGUGCUGAUGGUCAAGGUCACGCAGUCGGCCGCUUACACCUGCUCGGCCAUCAACAAGCCCAUCGAGGGCCGAGUCAACGACUCUGUCGUCAUCAACGUCACGGCUGUUCCGCUCCCAGUGACACAGACUCCGCAAGCAAGAGCCAACCCAAUCCGCCAGGAAUGCGCAGCGUACAACGGCUCCGUGUGUCGACCCUACCUACAGGGUCGCAUGGUCCUCCACAACCGCACACAGGGCUACGGCCCCGAGGACAUGCUGGAGAGCCACCUGGCUGAGAUGACCGCCCUGGAGCUGUUUGCCCCGCGGGAAAAUGGCGCCAGCCAGGGGUUCUGUGAGGGUCCGGCCCAUCGUCUGCUGUGUCACCUGGUGUUCCCGGAUUGUCGCGACGAUAGCAGUCCGCCCUUGCAAGUGUGCAGGUAG